GAGAUCAAUGGUAUUCAGUUUUAUUAAAACAUUCGGUGUGCUCGCUAUGCGUAUUGUGGUAUUUUGUUUAGUAGCCGUAUUGGCUGUGUCCACUUUUCAUGGUUCGUCAUCGUCAACACAAUCGUCUGUUACUGUAGAUUUGCCGGGUCAAGGUACAAUUUUGGGUGCUUAUGGAACAACGUCAUGGACAAACCAGACAUUUAUGAAAUUUUUGGGUAUACCAUAUGCUGAGUCUCCCAGUAGGGAUUUAAGAUUUAAGCAUGCUGUCAAAAAACUACCCUGGAGACAUGUUUUUGAUGCCACAACCCACGGACGUCGUUGCCCAGUUAUAACCACAAUUAGAGAAUUAAAAGAAACUGAACUCAGUCAGGAUUUGGAAGAUUGUCUAAACUUGUGUGUCUAUACCAAAAAUCUGACAGAUCUAAAACCUGUAAUGUUUUAUAUAUACGGAGGCGGUUUUUACAAUGGUUCAAAUAUCGAUCAUCCUCCCAAUCAUUUACUAGAGAAAGAUAUUGUUUUGGUUGUACCCAAUUAUCGUGUUGGUGCAUUGGGUUGGCUAUCAACCAGAACAGAGAAUAUGCCAGGAAAUGCUCCGAUCAGUGAUCUUUAUGUAGCAUUGCAGUGGGUACAGGAUUAUAUACAUCUAUUUGGUGGUGAUCCCAAACAAGUUACAAUAUUUGGUCAAAGUGCUGGCACAACAAUGUCCGGAUCGUUAUUGUUUAGUCCAAAAACUCCCGAAACAUAUUUUCAACGUUCUAUACAACAAUCGGGUUCAAUAUUUUCCUCGUGGGCCAUUACACGUAAUCCCAUGGAACAGGCUGAGCGCAUAUGUAAUGCAGUUGGUUGCAAAUUUUGUGAAAAUAUCGAUCUAUUGUAUGUGUGUUUGCGUAAUGUAACAGUACCGAAAAUUCUGGAAGUUACCGAGCAGGAAUCUUUUUCACCAAUCAUUGGCGAUUUUUAUGGUAUAUUGCCUCGUGAACCUGCAGAACUUAUUGCCGAGUUAAAUAGAUCGAUACCAUUGAUGACGGGCUUUACAAAACACGAUGGAUCGUUUGUACUGGCAUCUGUAUACGAUGGUGUUAAGGCUGCCAUUGGUAAUUUUAGUUAUAUUACGGUGAGACAGUUUACCAAUAUUAUUAUGGAUAUGGCAAAGGAUAAUACUGGCCUUGCCAAUAAUUUGCUAUUCAAGAUGUUAUUUACCAAUGAGCUACUGCAGAGCACAGAUCACAAAAAGGCCCUCCCAGCUUAUUUUGAUUUGACAAAUAUUGUUUCUAUGAAAUCUCCAGUUAUUACUUUAGCCACCAGGAUGUUGCAAAAAGCCUUGGCACCUGUUUAUUUAUACAGUUUCGAUUAUGAAGGCAGCAAUACACGCUUUGGUUAUGAAUUUGGCAAUGAGCAUUAUCCCUUUGAGGGUGGUGUUCAUCACUCGAAUGACAAUAUUUAUUUGUUUUCCACCCAUAAACUAAAUGAAGCCGAUACUAAAGUUGCCAAAAAUAUGGUUCAACUUUGGACAUCGUUUGCCAUUACGGGUAAACCAAGUUUGGAAAAUAAUAUGGAAAUAUUACCAAUGAAAGAUGAGGACGGCCCAUACUUCCACAUAAAUAGUGACGUCACCAAUGAUUAUGAUGUUCUAAAAGAGCUGACCGUUACAAUAGAUGACCCAGAAAAUUACAAAUUGGAUAGACCGAAUAUUGAGUUUUAG